ACCCGACCCCCUUCUACCAUCGCCCCGCGGCCUCCGGCUCCCUCCCUCUGUGCCAAGGGGAGGCCAGCGGCUUCGCAUCCUUACCGCGCAUGCUCACGGCUCCGCCGGCGGGCGCUACCCGGGAACUCUUGCGCGGCGGAAGCGAGCUGCGGUCGGACCCGAUUAACAAGGGACGCCGAGUCCGUGCGCGAAACAAUCCUCCCCGCCCCCGCCCCCCCCGCCCCUUCCCUGGGUUCGCGGCAGGGCGCGCGAUGUCGGGCUUCAGCCCCGAGCUGAUCGAUUACCUGGAGGGGAAAAUCUCCUUCGAGGAGUUCGAGAGGCGCCGAGAGGAGCGCAAGAGCCGCGAGAGGAAGGAUGGAGAAAGUGUACCUACUGAGGAAAAUACAUAUGACCCAGAUGCUCCAUCUACAUCUGGAAAAGGAUCUGGUAAAUCCCAGAGUUGCAAUGAAACAGAAGGAGAAACGACAGAUGGGGUCAGUAAAUCCGUCCAUCGGGUCUUCGCUUCCAUGCUUGGGGAAAAUGAAGAUGAGGAGGAGGAAGAAGAGGAAGAGGAGGAGGAAGAUGAAGAAACCCCUGAGCAACCCACAGCAGGAGAUGUUUUUGUAUUGGAGAUGGUGCUUAAUCGAGAGACCAAAAAAAUGAUGAAAGAGAAAAGGCCUCGCAGUAAACUUCCUCGAGCCCUGAGAGGACUCAUGGGAGAAGCCAACAUUAGGUUUGCUCGAGGGGAACAUGAGGAAGCUAUACUGAUGUGCAUGGAAAUCAUAAGACAAGCUCCUCUUGCUUAUGAGCCAUUUUCUACUCUUGCCAUGAUCUAUGAAGACCAAGGUGAUAUGGAGAAAUCAUUGCAAUUUGAGUUGAUUGCAGCUCAUUUAAACCCUAGUGACACUGAGGAGUGGGUUAGACUGGCAGAAAUGUCACUAGAGCAGGACAAUAUUAAACAGGCCAUAUUUUGCUAUUCAAAAGCUCUGAAGUAUGACCCUACCAAUGUCCGUUAUCUGUGGGAGAGAUCAAGCUUGUAUGAGCAGAUGGGAGACCAUAAAAUGGCAAUGGAUGGCUAUAGACGUAUCUUAAAUCUUCUGUCCCCUUUUGAUGGAGAACGCUUUAUGCAGUUGGCCAGGGACAUGGCGAAGAGUUACUAUGAAGCCAAUGAUGUCACCUCUGCUAUUGAGAUAAUGGAGGAAGCCUUUACUAAACAUCAGAGCCUCAUCUCCAUGGAAGAUAUUAAUAUAGCAGCUGAACUGUAUAUCUCCAACAAACAGUAUGACAAAGCUAUGGCGGUUAUUACGGAUUUUUCAGGAAUUGUAGUUUCAAAGAAAGUGACUGAACAAGGCCCUUCUGAGGAGAAUAAAGACAUGAAAGAUGUAGUGGCUGUUGUGGAAAUUCAGGAGAGUCAAGUGGCAGUGAUCGACUACCAAGAUUUUCCAGCUGAGGCCAGCGCUGUUUCUGAAGAUAAAGUUAGCUGCUCUAUACCUGAUGGAGUUCCAAUUGACAUCACAGUAAAACUAAUGGUGUGCCUGGUUCACCUGAACAUUCUGGAGCCACUCAGUCCUCUUUUGACUACUCUAGUGGAGCAAAAUCCAGAGGAUAUGGGGGACUUGUACCUGGAUGUUGCAGAGGCGUUUUUGGAUGUUGGAGAAUACAAUUCAGCACUACCACUCUUGAGUGCCUUAGUUUGUUCUGAAAGAUAUAACUUGGCAGUAGUUUGGCUCCGGCAUGCAGAGUGUCUAAAAGCCUUGGGAUAUAUGGAGCGUGCUGCAGAGAGCUAUGCGAAAGUUGUUGAUCUUGCCCCGUUGCAUUUGGAUGCAAGAAUUUCACUUUCUACACUUCAGCAGCAGCUGGGCCGGCCUGAGAAAGCUUUGGAGGCUCUGGAACCAAUGUAUGAUCCAGAUACUUUGGCACAAGAUGCUAAUGCUGCCCAGCAGGAAUUAAAGUUACUGCUCCAUCGUUCAACGCUGUUGUAUUCUCAAGGCAAAAUGUACGGUUAUGUGGACACUUUACUUACCAUGCUAGCAAUGCUAUUAAAGGUAGCAAUGAAUAGAGCUCAGGUGUGUUUGAUAUCUAGUUCCAAAUCCGGGGAGAGACACCUUUACCUUAUGAAGGUGUCUAGGGAUAAAAUUUCAGACAAUGAUGACCAAGAGACUGCAAACUGUGAUGCAAAAGCAAUAUUUGCUGUGCUCACAAGUGUACUGACAAAAGAUGACUGGUGGAACCUCCUCCUGAAAGCCAUAUACUCUUUGUGUGACCUUUCCCGAUACAAGGAGGCAGAGCUGCUGGUGGAUUCCUCACUGGAAUAUUAUUCAUUUUAUGAUGAUAGGCAAAAGCGCAAAGAGCUGGAGUACUUUGGUCUUUCAGCUGCAAUUCUGGACAAGAACUUCAGAAAAGGUUACAACUAUAUCAGGAUAAUGUUAAUGGAAAAUGUUAAUAAACCACAACUCUGGAACAUCUUCAAUCAAGUCACCAUGCAUUCUCAGGAUGUACGACAUCAUCGCUUUUGUCUUCGAUUAAUGCUGAAAAAUCCUGAUAAUCAUGCACUGUGUGUCCUAAAUGGGCAUAAUGCAUUUGUAUCUGGUAGUUUCAAGCAUGCUCUCGGACAAUAUGUGCAAGCCUUCCGUACCAAGCCAGAUGAACCUCUGUACAGCCUUUGCAUAGGCUUAACUUUCAUCCACAUGGCAUCUCAGAAGUAUGUGUUAAAAAGACAUGCUCUUCUUGUACAGGUUAAUUACCUUGAAGGUUUACAUGGAUUCCUGGAUUUGCAUGGCCCACAGACUCUCUUCUUGAAUUGCAGCUCUAUCUUUUUCCACAUUCAACUAAUCCCAUUUCUUCGUGUCCGCACCUGCCAGACAGUUGGGGCUGAACAGCCCCGCACUGGAUCUGAAGCGUUUGGAUCAGGCCCAUUUCUGGGAUUCUCUUUCCUUCACCGGUACCUGGGCCUCCGUGGACCAUGCCAAGAAUCUUUCUAUAACCUAGGCCGUGGCCUUCAUCAGCUGGGAUUAGUGCAUAUGGCAAUCCAUUAUUACCAAAAGGCACUGGAGCUUCCUCCUCUCAUCUUAGAGGGAAUAGAAGCUGAUCAGACAGACUUGCGAAGAGAUGUUGCUUUCAACUUGUCACUAAUUUAUCAGAGCAGUGGAAAUUUAAGAAUGGCUCAAAAGCUGUUGUAUACAUAUGGAAUCGUAUGAUGGAGUUUGUGGCACCUGUUUAUGACUAAGAGGUAGCCUGCUAGGAAAAUAACAUUUGUCAUUUCCACUGGGGCAAUGAGGAUCUCAUGCAUUACACACCAAUGGAGAGACCCAUUCAAAAAGAUGUGUACAUAUUUUUUCUAAACUGAUCUAGCUGUGAUUGGAUCAGAGUUACUAGUUACCGUAUAUAUUUUGUUUCCUGAACUUUUAAGCUAUUUUUUCUGUUUCCUGAGGUUGGAACUGUAAAAUGCCCCGAUACAAGCAGGGUUCGACAAGCAGGCUUUUGUGAGCAGCUUCUCCAGACCUAUUUAGAUGUUGGUCGAGCACGUUAUUGAUAAGUUUUUGUGAAGCCUGAAGUUGGUGCUGGUACACAGAAUUCUCAGGGACUAAAAAUGUGUACUUUUUUUUGAGAAGAUUUUUAAAAAGUAAUUUAACUGGCUACUGUCCAAGUUCAAUUCUGGCAAUUGGUUACAUUUGCCAUGUACUGUACAAAAUUGUUACUGUUAUAUAGGAGAGGAAAGACUGAAGAAAUGGGCUUGAAGGGCAGGGGAAGAUAUAAGCUGAACACCCCCAGACAAUAGAUGCUUUGGAUUCCUGGGAGAAUUUUUCCAGAGAGAAGGGGGACAAACUUAACAUUACAAAUAACUGCAAUUGCAAGACCUUUAAAGUACUUAAAAAGGAUGAUAAAGAUUCCUAGAAAAAUAUUUCAUGGCAAGCUGUGUCUAAGAAAAGUAAUUUUCUUAUAUUACUAAAUCGGUGUCACAUCGGUAAAAGGUAUCCAUUUUCAGGAGUAUUGUAAAUUGGUCUAGUAAAUAUCUUUAUUUAUAAAAUCAACAAUCAUUUAAAUAACUUAUUCUCAGCAAAAACAAAAAAAAGUCCUAAGUUGUGUAGUGGGCUAAACACUUGUUAGGUGUCGUAACCUACAGCCCAUUAUCUUCCUGUAUUAAAUAAUUAAAUAUUGAGAGAGAGGUGCUGCAAAUUCUGUAUAUUGCUUCGCUAAUCAAGAAUGAUAAUUCCGAUUAUACAGGUGUCAUAUGUUGAUCUUAUCCUGCAGAGAAAUAACGUCAUGCUGGAAGUGAUGAUGAUAGUCUUAUCUCUGAAACUUAUCUUCAGUAAGAUUUGUUUUAAAAGUCUUUGUAGUAUUACAAUACUAAAUUUUGGUAUGUGUAGUACUUCGAGCUGGCCCAACUAAUUGAAGUUUAGUGGUAACGCGAAUUCUAUUAGAUAACACAUUAGUCAGUUUGGUGGUAUAACCAGGCUCAUGCAUUAAAUCUCAGCCACUCGUUACAGCUCUUGAAGAAAACUGGAACAAAGGUCUUGCCAAAUUCUCUGUUCCUGGUGAACCAAAAUAUAAUUUGUUUAUAUUAGAUCAGAUGAUGAGAUCAAAUGGUCAGACAAAAUGAUGACACAUACAUACUACUAUUGAAAGUGUGCUGUUCGCUCAUCAACACAAUUAAAAAAAAAAUCUCACAAUCUGUGGACUUCUGAUGUGCUGAAGAUAAGAGAAAAUGACUUGUGUUUUGGAGGAUAGGUCAUAACUGGCCAGCAUUUAUAGUAUCCCGAAUAUUAUACCUUCUUCCCCAAAAGUCAGCUUUAAUUCUACUACUUUCUAACUUGAAUGCUAGACUUUGCAACCUUAAUUUGGCUCCCUUUUUUAUGUCCGUAUGAUAGUCUCUAAUUGUAUGAUCAGAUACUGUUUUUUCCACAACUUUAUUCAGUGCACAGGACAGAUGGCACUCAGGGAAUUAAUUGGAUCCAAAACAUGAAUGCACAGAAGCUUCUCAGAGAACCUUGUUAAGAAUUUAACCUGUGAAAAACAAUGUAUUUUUUUUCUUAACUGCGUUCUUGGAAAUGGCCAAACUGCUUUUGCUAAAACAAAAAAAAAAAUCAGCUGGAGGUGGAAACCUUUAGUUUAAAUAGUUGGCAAAGUUGUAAUCAAUUGGUAAGUGGCUUAGAAUGGAAACAUUUUUUAGGCAACUUUAACUGUAGUUGCUGCCAGCUCUGAUAUUCCUUUCCCAAGUUAUUUUCUUACUUUAAACUGUAGACCGUUCUGUAUCAAAUAAUAAAUUAUUACAAUAUUGGGCUUAAUUACCUGGAUAGUCUUGUUCUUAGAGUGUGCUUAGAUACAGUAGUGGUGGGUAGCUUGGACCUCCCUAGAAGGUUGUUUACAAAAGUGUCUACUCCUUGUCCUCAAACCCUAACCACAAAUGUGUUCUGUCUGAGUGAUACUGGGAAUGACCAUUAGAAAGCUGCUUGCUAUUCUCACAUGUAUGUACUUUCAUUGAAGGCCAUGGAUCCAGAGUAAGGGCUAACAGUGUCUAAUGCUGUGUAAUGCUAUAUAGCUCUAUAAGUGAGCAUAUUUUUUAUUUAGUUUUGCCAUCUUCCAAAUAUUACUGAGGUAGAAAAUGUUUGUUUAGUAGAAAUUUCACACUUCCUAUAACGACUUACCAUGGCAGCUCAUAGUUCUUAUCCUGAUUAUCCAUUUACAGUAUGGCAGUGUCAAUGAAAGUUGUACAGGUGAGUUGCAUCAUACGCGCAUUUAACUUAUGCAAAUUCAACUAUAUGCGCUCGGCAAAAAAAGAAAAAUAACAAGAUACCUGUAAAUAGCGCGGGCGAUUCCAUCGACCAUUCCACUCAAUGAGCAUAUGCCCCGGAGUGAGCGUGAGAUGGGAGACAUGAAUCUGCUGUUCCCUCAGUCGGUCUCAGUUCCUGCUUGCCUCUCGUAGUGUGAGCAUCUCGCCACGCUGAGUGUGAUUCUAGUGUUUAAAGAUACAUAUUUUUCGUACAACAUGGCCCCUAAACUCAAGCCAACUACUUCAUCUGGUGCUCAACCGAAGAAACAGCCAUCUGUUGCAACGCUGGAGGAAAAACUGGCUGUGUUGGACUUAUUGAGAGAUGGUAUGUUGGUCUCCAACGUGGCGCGUAAAUAUGGCCGCAACAAAUCUAGCAUCUGUGCCAUCUAGAUUCGAGAGAGAGAAAUUCUUCAAGCUGUGGCAUCAAGUGCUCCAAUAACUGCUAAGGUGAUGAGCUUGGUGCGUGUUAAGACUUUAGUGAAGACUGAAAAGGCAUUAAACUAAUGGCUGGAAGACGUGAACUGUAAACGUGUGUUUAUCGAUGGCAACACGUUGCGAGAAAAGGCUCUUAGCCUCUACACGCUGUUCAAACCUCCUGCUGAAGAGGGACAGCCUUCUGAUGAGAAGGAAUUCAAAACCAGCCAAGGUUGGCUUAACAGUUUUAGGAACCGCUUCAACCUCAAAAAUGUGGAGACUACUGGUGAAACUACAUCUGCCAAUGAAGAAUGAUUUAAUUUCUGAAUACGAUCCCUCUAUGGAACGAAGCCUCAAAAUCACACGUAGUAUUAUGGAUGAUUUGAGACCAUACCAAGAAAUGUUUGAGCAGCUCAAGAGACAACAGCGACAGUUGCCGAUCACCAUGUUUUUAAAGGAAAAACAACCAGCAGCAGAUGAGCCUACGCAAUCAACUUCUUGAGCUGAACCAGAGCCAACCACUUCGUCUACGACUCGCUCUCCAUCACAUCCAUCCUCCUGGAUCGACAUCAAGCCGUCAACCCCCUGUAAUUACCCCCCUGUAAUUAAAAAUACAUUACUGUAAAAUUA